AUGAGUACAAAUAAAGAAAUAAUAAGGAAUAAUGACUUGCGAGGUUUGAUUGACGAUAAGAGGAAGUUAGUCAAUGAAAUAAGAGAAUUUGAAAAAUCUAUCAAACCUUUAGAGUUUGAAUCAUACCAGGAUUAUUUUCUUAUUAAAACGUUUAGAAGAGGAAUUUCUGCAAGUGGUCAUGUAGAUAUUGAUAGUUUGAGAAACAAAGAAUAUGGGAUUUACUAUAAAAAGAUUAAGAGAAGCUCCACACAAGAUGUUGGUGAACCUAUCCCAUCCAACCCUUCCUCUUCAUCCUCUUCUACCAGAUCAAGCUCGUCAAUUGACAUGAGUGAUACAGAAUAUUCAGGUGAAAACACUUCUGCUACGGCUGACAAUAAUCCCAGUGGUAGAAGAAGACGCACCAGGUCACAAGUUACACAAAGGGAAAACAGUGUAUCAAUACCAUUGCCCUCGAUACGUGAAGCCAGGAUAGAUCAUGACGAUGAGGAAAUUUCAGCGAUAGAUAGUAGCGAAUUGCCAUUUCCUGUUCCAAUUUCAGAAGUUGAGAACAUCGACAUUGGUUCAGAUAUCACUGAGAGAGACAGCAUCAGAAGAAGGUCAUCUAGAAUAUCAGAAAGGGACAAAAGGCGUUCUGAGUCUAGGCCCGAUUCAGACGUAGAUGAAGAAGGCGACGAAGAAGACACGGGCGAAGGAGAGACUAAAAUCCAAGACCUCUACGAAAGUCUGGUACCUAAAAUUCUGGAGCCACGUAGGAGAUCAGAUUGGAUUCUGCCCCCAAGGGCAAGAUAUACACCUGAGAAGCAAAUGAGGACCAAACCGUCGUUUAAGAGUAUAAAGAUUAAUGAGCUGGUUGGAAAUAAAAGGAUACGAAGUAUAUUAUCUAGGUUCGAAGGUGGCGUCGCAGGUAUACGGAAAAGAGAUUGGGAUUCAACCCAGUAA